AGGGGUGCAUCAAGCAGCAAGUUCUUCAACUAUUUGAUCAAACAGAUCAUACCUGUUUUUGAUGAGCUUCCUGAAGAUAGAAAACUCGACUUGCUCAAGAAUCUUGCAGAAUGUUCACAUUAUGUGGCACCGCAAGACUCCCGGCAGCUUCUUCCAUCUGUUGUUCAACUUCUGAAGAAGCACAUGAUUCGGAGAAAGCUUGAAGACAUUAAGUUCACUAAUGUUGAAUGUUUGUUGUAUACCUUCCACCAUUUAGCACAUAAGACUCCUAAUGCCACAAAUAGUCUGUGUGGCUACAAGAUUGUCACAGGCCAACCAUCUGAUAGGCUUGGUGAAGAUUUUUCAGAGUACUAUAAAGACUUCACUGAGAGAUUGGGUAUUGUAGAGGAUUUAGCUAGAGCUAUGAUCAAGAAGUUGACGCAAGGGAUGGCAGAGCACAACAGACUGAUGACUGCUGCUAAAACAGAUGAGGAAAAGAACAUUAUAAAGACACAGAAGCAGAACACUACGAGUGAGCUUCGGGCCUGCAACAACAUACUGGCAAUGACCCAGAAACGUGCUGCCGCUGCUAAUGGUUCAGGCACUUCCGCUGCCAAAAAGGGUCGAGAAGCAGGUGGUGUACAAAACCAACUUGUACACAAGGCAUUGGAUGGUUUACAUAGCAGUGGGAGGACCGGUGGAAGAGGCAGGGGUUGGCGGGGACGUGGAAGGGGACGGGGCUAUCGUUAGCACAGUCUUCUUCUCAUUAAGGUGUAUUAGUACGGGAAAGUGUACGAGUGUGAUUGUUUUAUUCAUGUUGACUUCUUGUAGGGCAUUGGUUGAGUUAAUUUGUAGGUUAACAUAAUUUGGAAUUAGAUUUGGCAAUUUUAGUUCACGUGACCAGAUCUAAUGGACAAAAUCUAGUCCGCGUUAGCCAUUUGAUGCAUCUAGUCUUAACGGAUUACGAGUAUGCAUGCAGUUCUUCGGAUUUUUUGUUUUGUAAUUGAGCAAAGAUAAAAGUAAAAUGUCAGAAAAUAUCUACUAGUUCGAUUGUGGAUGCUACAUAGCG